UGAAAGAAUUUAUGAGCUUAUGUGUCAUACAUCAAAAUGAUGGGGUAAUCAUCAGAAUGGCGAUGAACGUCACCAAAUCUUCGAGUGGUUUCAUAGAUUACCUUUACUAUGAUCAGCUGAUAGCAAUGAUAGCCGAGGAAGAUACUUGCGUGGGAUUUCUGUUAGCAGGAAUCGGUCAGCGAACAAAAAAGAACGAGCUUAAUUUCGCUGUAGCAGACGACAACGCAACACCUGAGGAAAUCAUGAACCACUUGACCAAAUUCAUCUUGAGAGAGGACAUUGCGAUCAUCUUGAUCACGUACGGCGCUGCUUCCAAAAUCAAGCAGUUUCUAGUUGAGUACCAAAGCUUUCUACCGGUAAUCUUAGAAAUACCAUCGAAGUACCAUCCUUACGAUCCAGCAGAGGAUUCCAUUAUGGCAAGAUUGAUUGACGUUUAUGGAGACGUCGAUGAAAUACGUAGGCAGUCGAAAUGUUAAUUCUACUUAUAUUCACAAUUGAAGAACGUAUUUAAGAUGGUUUCGAAAUAAAUUUACCCCUAAGUCUAA